CAUAUCUCCCUACGUAACCUCUGUUCUAAUACGGCCAUAUUUCCCGGUCCUCGUAAAAUCCCCUAGCGGCAAAAAAUCGCAACACGAAUUAUCUCCCUUCUUUCUCUCCAAUCAGAACACGCGUUAAAUAGACUUAGAUCCAAUAUGGCGGCCUCCAUGGAGUUAGUUGAUCAACGUGCGAAGGAAAGAUUCGGUAUUUCAUGUUUAACUGAAAAUCAGAAACUAGCAAUAGAGAGUGCAGGAAUCAAUGGACAAGAUGUGUUUGUCGGGACUAAAACUGGUAGUGGCAAGUCCCUAACUUACGAGAUUCUCCCAUGUAUCACUGAAGCCAAAACGAUCAUCGCCAUCAUUUUAGCAAUUAUGGAGAAAGACUUUCUGAAAGAAGCUGGUCUGCAAACAUUUGCAGAGACACAUGACCCCAAAUCUUAUUCCACCUGUCGAUGUGGGAUUAAUUACUGUGGGACACAGACACAGAAUGACUGCAAGAAGUGUGACGAGUUACAAAUGGACAUCGAUAAGCUGAUAACAGAAGUUGAAUCGAGACCCCCAUUGGAACCUUCCGGUACCAAAUGUAACUCUAAAUUAACAGACAUUGACUUAAUGAAAGAGAAGGCUUACAGUGACGAGACGGUUAAAUGUGUGUUACAUCUUUUGGCUGAAAAUAAAUACAAAAUUUCAUUUGUGUUCCAUUUAUUUCCUAAUAGGGGUGAGAAGACGACUGGAGAUGAACCUUUCAGGAAGUGGUUUUCCAAGAUCGGAGAACUCCGAUCACUGUGCCCUCAAGCAAACAUCGUAGCUCUCACUGCGACCGCUGGCCCAACACAGAGGAGAUCAAUAAUGAAGCAACUUUCCUUCAGAAUGGGCAACUAUGUCACCAUAUUGGAUUCGCCAGACAGGAAAAAUAUCAAGAUCACGUCAAAAAUUUUGCCUAACCAAUCUGAUGCUUCAGAAAACUUAGGAUGGCUAAUCGACAUGCUUCAAAAUCAUAAACAAGGGUCCUCACGAUUCGUCAUCUUUUGUAGGACAAUUGCUGAAUGUUCAAAAGUGUACUUUGCUUUUGCUCAAGUCCUUGGAAGGCAGUCAGGACUUUUUGACAUGUACCACAGCAAGACAAAAGAUGCUGUCAAGCAGGACAUUCGUUCUAAAAUGACCCAAGACAGUAAUCUGUGUGUGUUGAUUUGUACGAAUGCAGCUGGAAUGGGUGUCAACUUUCACAAUGUGAAUCAUGUUAUUCACUAUGGGCUGCCCUUUGAGCUGGAUACUUUUGUUCAGCAAAUGGGAUGAGCAGGGCGUGAUGGAACACCAGCUCAUGAGCUUGUUCUGUACAAAGCCCAUAAAGGCCAGCUCAAAAAGGUAGAAAGUGAACUUCUUAAAGCUGUCAAGAAAACAUCUUGUCGACACAAAAUGAUUUGUAAAUCCUACUGCAGCAAGCACGAGGUCAUCAUGCCGAAGCAUCGGUGCUGCGACGUCUGUGCUCGCACCUGUGACUGUGAUCUUGAAGAAUGUCCAGAUAACCAUGUGAUGUUGAACUAUGCAUAUGACACACAAGAGGAUGACUUAUCGGGCAUGUUUCAGAGAGAAGUGAAAGAUGAUCAGCGAGAGUUACUCAGGCAUAAACUGAACUCUUACAUGUUCAAACUGUAUUCAACAAGCACAAUAGUUAACCCAGAUAUUGUAUUUGGCAUCAAUGAGGAUGUCAUCAGCGCAAUCGUGGACAAAUCUGGACACCUGCUUUCAAUCGAUGACAUCAUCAAAGACCUUCCUAUUUGGUCCUACAACUGUGCAAGAGAAAUCGGCAAAAUACUAAAUGAAGUGUUUGAUGAUAUGGAUAUUUCAAGUGAACAAAGUUCAAGUGAUUCAGAUGAUUCAGACUGACUUCCUAUUGGACUCAA